CCUAGACAAUAGCGUCUCUAUGUAAAAUUGAAAAAAAGAAGGUUCUUCACGAGUUUUUAAUUUCAAGACUUCUGGAUUUCAAGAAACUCUUCAUGUAAAGAAGUUAAAGAACAAUGGAUAAAGUGCUGAUUUCAUCUUGUAACAGCUAUUGUAGAUACAUGGUUUUUAAGAAACUGUUAAAGCCUUUGAGACAAAGUCAGUACUUUCUGUCUACCUUGACUUGUCAGAAAAAUAUUUGUUUGUCUUCCCAGCCAAGCAAAAUUAGUUCACAAACUGGAGAACAAACUUCAAAACUGUUUCAUUGUGGUGGAAGAAACAAUUCAUUUUGUGUUCAAGUGUGCCAUUUUCAUGGAAGCAAUUAUUACAGUUCAAGAAGGAAAAUGAAUAAAAGGUCUUCAAAUGAAGAAGAAAGAAUUCUUGAAAAUUGGAAUUGGAACAUUAACUCUGAUCCAGGUCUUGGUUCAUUGUAUGAUGAAAUGAACAAAGAAUUGUCAACCAUUGAAUGUAAAACUGAGAAGAAGGAGUCACAAGAAAAUGAUUAUGGUAUUUCAGGAAAUCUGACAGAUGAGAGAAUAGAAGAAUUAACCAAGUCCUUUAAUCAGACCAGUACAACUAUAGAAGUGGAAGAUUUAUCUUUGGAAGAAGUCGACGAUGUCCAGCCGAAGUGGGUCCCUCCUGUUGAAUUGAAAAGAGGGAGACAGGGAGUAUUUGAUGUGGAAGAAAUUGUAACAGUGCUAAGAUCCUCGAAUGCCCGAGACAUUUGUGUGAUUAAGAUGCCUGAUACUUUACAGAUAUCUGAUUAUAUGGUGAUAGCCACAGGAAUAUCAUAUAGACAUUGUCGGUCAAUGACAAAAGAUAUCCAAUUCAUUCACAAGAGGAAAAGAUCUAAUAAAGAUUCUUCUUUGAAAGUUGAAGGUCUAGAUUCAGAGAAUUGGCUGGCUUUUGAUUUAGGUAACAUAAUUCUGCAUCUGUUUACACCUGAGACUAGAGAAUUAUAUGAUUUAGAGAGUUUAUGGACGGUAGGAGAGAAGUAUGACGACAAAUGUCAGGAAAUUGAAGACGAAUUCGGUCUACAACAAACAGACUUGGAUUGGCUCAAGCAACUGGAUUUAGAAUUGACAUCGGACAGAAACACUUCUUAAUACGACAAACAGACUUGGAUUGGCUCAAGAAACUAGAUUUAGAAUUGACAUCUGUCAGAAAAACUUCUUAAUACAACAAACAGACUUGGAUUGGCUCAAGAAACUGGAUUUAGAAUUGACUACGGACAGAAACACUUCUUAAGACAACAAACAGACUUGCAUAAUUAAAAUCUCUGAUUUAAAUUUGACAUCUUCAGGAAAAACUUAAUUUUCAAAACUGAGCUUUUGAGGCAAUUAUAUUCAAAUAUUUGACAUCAGUCAACUUUUGUAAACAUGAAUUUUGUUAAACAAAAAAGUAGUUAAACGGGGAAAAAAUGUAUUGUAAUCAUGGUAAUAAAGGCAUACUGACAGAUUAACUCAUUAAGUCUUUUUCGUGGCAUUGACAAAGUCACAGAGGAAAGACGGCAUGCUUGAUAAAGUUUAAGGACUAUUAACAUAUCAGUUUUAUUUGGUAUGCAGUUGUUAAAAAGGUCUAAAUACCCAGCUAAUGAUUUUGAUAUUCAAUAACCGGCCCUUCUGUCGGUUAAACAGUUAAGCAAUUAAUCGUUCACAACACUAAUUAUUAAAUAAUGCAUCAAGCUUUAUCUGGUUAUUCCUUGUUUUCAGUUCCUGCAAUGUCCUACUCUCUGUUUCUGAAAACUUCAAAGGGGUGGAAUAAUUAACAAGCUUCAGCUCACAGUAAAUCUUAGAUUUUUUAGAUCUCAAUGAUGAUAUUAUUAUGAUA